CGGGCAGUGACGUCACCGUCUCCCGUGCUGUGGUCAGGGAUGAGGACAAUGUAGAGAUCCCGGAGUGACUCAUCUCCCCGCUCACCCUGCGGACAUCUCCACCGACUGACAGCGGAGCGCCGUGCCAUGCUUGUUCAGCUCAUUAAGAGAUGCAGCUGCUAAAAUAACCUCUGAAGGAUCUGGCAGAAGACGAGCAACGGAGAAUGCGGAAUAAGCUUUGCCUCUGCGGCUUGAUUGCUGUUGUCUGUUUGCUGAGCCAUGUCUGCAGCCAGGCCACUGAGUCUCCAGAAUUCUACCGGAACCUAACAUGUCUGACACACGAUCUAGAGACCAUAUAUUGUGACUGGCAAACUCCGGACUAUGCUCCAUCUCCAGUACUUUAUGAGGUUUGUUCAUGGUCUUCAGAAGGAGAGAGAUGUUAUGACUCCAAAAGUGAUAGUCUGCAGGUUGAAUUUCUAAUGUUUUCCUCCGUGCAAGUAAGGAUCAAAGCAAAAAAUAUCCCGGGACAACCCUUCAUCACUUUUCAAAAGUCCAUAGAAGACAUCCCUUACGUUCCGUACACACCGCAGAUCCACUCCUUGGUUGGUGAUUAUAGGUCUGACUCCCUGUUUGUGGUAUGGACGGUAAAUGACACCGGCUUUCUGAACGAUGUGAAGAUAGACUGGGAGGUCAACGUGUUACGGGGUCCAAACCUUCAGCUAGUUAAAAAUGAAACAUUCACGGUACACUGGAAUGAAAGCAAGACUAGGUUCCAUUGGAAUUGGACUUCAGACUUUCCUUUGAACUGCACAUCGCACUCUGUAAGGAUCCGAUGCUUCGUCCAUGAUGAUGCCUACUAUGGAAAGAUCCAGCAUAGUAAAUGGAGUGCCAUAAAAACGAUAGAAGGUGACACCAGCAUAGAUGAUUCCAUGUUUCCUGUCGAUAAGGUGCUUCUCGUCGGCUCCAACAUGACCGUCUGCUGUAAAAUAACAGAUGAGGCAGACAUCGUAGAUUCAAUCCAAUUUAAUGGUACUAACUAUCCUGCAAUCCAGCUUGGCAGCAGCAAUGUUGGUGGUGUUCGGCUCUUCAACAUGAACAAGUCAGAGUCUAGUGGGGACAACAUCGUCUGUAACACCAAUGCGGGCGACUACAUGGCUGGAACUGUAGUUUUCGUAGGAUACCCUCCGGUUGAACCACAAAACCUUAGCUGUGAAGCACCUGAUCUCAGUAUAAUCAACUGUACAUGGAAAACGGGCAGACCCACUGGAUUGUAUGGAGAGCGUGGUACAAAAUACUCAUUAUAUGAACGCUUCUCAGGAAUUAACCUGACAUGUUCGGGGUACACUGGAGAUCAGGAAGAUUACAACUGCAGCAUGGACGUGAAAAAGGGGCAAGACUUAUAUGAGUUUCUGCUUCUUGGUACAAAUCCCCUGGGAGCAGCAAACACUUCCCUGGGCUUUAAUGUCAGAGAAAGGAUUUGUCCAUUUCCAGCGGAGACAGUCGGGAUCCGUGACCUCAGCCCAACUGAUGUGUCCCUUUCAUGGUCUUUACCUGGCACUUAUACUUCCAUUAAUCUCCUAUGUGAGACUGAAAUCAGGAAAACACAUGGACAGGUGGAAAAGCGUAACAUUACAUUGAAAGGAGCAGACAAUACAUUCUACACUUAUCAUCUAAACAACCUGCAUCCAUUCACCAACUAUUAUUUUCGCGUUCGAUGUUCAUCAUAUGAUCAUUUCUGGAAAUGGAGCAACUGGACCAAAGAAAAGAAUCACAAGACUUUGGCAGCAGCACCUUCAAGAAAGCUGGAUAUCUGGGCAGAACGGACACACUCCCCGGAAAGCUGUUCUAUAGCAGUCUAUUGGAAGCAUUUACGGCCUUAUGAAGCCAAUGGAGAAGUGACCUCCUAUAACAUAGAGUGGAAGCCUCUCCACAGUAACGAGAAGUUCCAGCAUGUCCGACUGUCUGGGGAGUCCAACAGAACCCAGAUAAGCCUUCCUGCUGGAGAUAACGGGGAUUAUGAAAUAAUUGUAACUGCCCUCAAUUCAGCUGGAUCAUCACCACCUUCAAGUAUGACCACUGUCCAACUGCCCAGUGAUGUUGAGGUGGAGAAGGCAGUUGGAGACAGCAGUGGCAUUAACAUCACUUGGAGUCCGGAUUCCAACUUCAGCUGUGGUCACAUUGUGACAUGGGUUCCGUCCUUUCAUCUUCAAAGGGCAGACCUGCAGUGGAAGAGGUUUUCAUCACAUGUGACAAGUGCUUUCAUCCACACAGAACAAAUGCAGGCUGGUGUCCAGCACAACGUAUCACUCUAUGGCUGCAGAGAGAACAGGUUUCAGCUAUUGAGAAGCCUCAUCGGAUACACAGAGGAGCUAUCUCCCAAAGCGGCACCAAAUUUUACUGUCCAGGAUACAACAUCAAAAUCUAUACUGGUGAAGUGGGAUCCUAUUCCAGAAGAUGACCUACGCGGGUUUUUGCAGGGUUAUCUGGUCUACGUAGUGAAAAAUCAGAGCGAUUCCUACUUUGCCAAGUUCAAAGAUCUGGUUCGUCACUCUGAGACAAAAAUGAAAAAUAUCACAGACCCAGCUGUAAGGAGAUUGGAAAUUGAAGAUCUACAAAGUGGAACAAAUUACCAAUUGGGUCUGCAGGCCUAUACUAGAGGGGGGCAAGGCCCAAUCAGAUCAUUCAGUGUUGUAACCAAUGACAAUGCUGUCGGUUUAAUCCUCGCCAUUCUCAUCCCAAUUGUAGUCGCUGUUGUACUUGGUAUCGUCACAAUGGCCAUAUGUUACCACAAAAGAGAGUGGAUCAAAGAAACCUUCUACCCAGAUAUUCCAAACCCUGAAAACAGCAAAGCGCUGCAGUUUGAGAAGAACGUCAGCGAGGGAACCAAAACUAUUAAAACGCUGGAGAUGAACCCAUGUACUCCUAACAGUGUUGAGGUGGUCGAGUCCUUUUAUACUGUUCCAAAAAUCCUGGACACGGAACUCAAUUCUCCAAUGUCUGAAAGUAGUCAGCUUCCAGAAGAUGGUUCAGAGGCUCCCGAUGAUGACCACAUUGUUGUUUCUUAUUGUCAACCCACCGUUCAUGGAGAUACAUCUAAUCCAGUGCUAGAUGAGUCAGCCACUCCUUCCCAGGUGGUGUAUAUAGAUGUUCAGUCAAUGUACCAACCGCAGGCCAACUCAGAAGAAGACCUGCAAAGAGACUUUUUGGAUAGCAGUGGUUACAAGCCACAAAUGCAGCUACCUAUAAGCUCUGUGACCAUGGACAACCAGUCACCUGCAGAAGAUGCCCUAGUGGAAUCUGCAGGUUAUAGACCUCAGGGACAUCCUAAUACCUGGGCUGCAGAUUCACCAGGUUCACCUACAUCCAUGGGAAGUGAAAAUGCUUCUUUUGGAAGCCCUUGCUCUGUUAACUCCAGACAUUUCUUAAUCCCACCAGUGGACAACAAAGACUCCCUCAAACCAACUCAUAUAGGAUGGUCGAUAUCUUCCCUCUUUCAGAACAAACAGGAUGAUUGAACAAAAAUUUGAAGAACUUAUCUGCUGUGAAUCACCUAGUGUGACCUCAAUCCAUCCAGUUGUUCAGGAAAAGGCCUCCCAGCCUGUUGAGUGUUUGUUACAGACAUUGCAAUGAAAGGUGGAUUGCGGGAAAUAAAACAGGUAUCUUUUUGAUGGUAUCUGUUGACGUGGGAGUUGGAUGUUUCUCUGCACCUAACUUUCAUCUUGAAACAGAUGGAAAAUUGGCAUCAUUUAAAUUUGAAUCCUCUUAAAUAUACGGAAAUACAACAUUGCUGGUAUCCUAGUCUAAGAGGCGAGAGACUUUCUGUUUCUACGCAAAGUUUGCUAAAAACCAGAUGCAUCUUGCACAAUCCAAAAAAAGUCUUUGUUGUAAACAGUAGCUAGAAAGAUGGCAUUUUAAAGAAAAUGUGAAUUUACUGGUAUUUUGCCUAUAAAUGCAAUGGUAUCUCAAA